CUUUAAUAGCCACAUGAUCAGGAAAGUGCAAAGUGCCUUUUUGCUCUUUCCGAGCGGCUAAUGCGCAAAGGCGGAAGACGCGCGCUAUAGCUCACUCUGUUUGCGCGCGGGGAGGAGGAGGAGGACCGGCCAGGAUCGGGCAAAGGGAAGAGACAGAAAGAUGGGAGACGUCUCUGAUGUUUGGGUGGGAAGCGCCUACCUGUUUGUGCAGUCAACAUCGGAACAGGUCCUUCUUCCUGUGAUGUAUGGAGACCCAAAGCAGAAGCCCUGCGUGUUCAAAGCACUCAAGUUGGCUCUAGCGGAUUCAACGGGUAGCCUCAACGGGGUAGACGUGCUGAAGGUCCAUUGCAGCGACCCUCACCUGAUAAUCCAGCUCAAGUUCUGCAAGGAAGAGAACUGCCGGAGAUUCCUGCAAAGCUAUCGUGAGGGACACCUCCAAGACUCCCUCCAGAAUCACCUCAAACUUUCCUUGUCCAUGUCCACCUUAGUCCCUGUCCAGAUGGAGCUGAAAACUGGCGCCGAGAAGCUAGACGCCAUGAUCCGGGAGGAGGAGCGGUGCCUUGAGUGCAUCUACCAUGAAAAGCCUAACCGUCUCAGGGAUGAAGAGAUCACGGAGCUGGAGGAAUCUCUCAGGAACUGUUCCUUUCUGGGCAAGAUUGACAACACGGGUCCUUCUUCGAAUUCUUCAUCUGCAUCUUUGAAUUCUUCACCUGCACCUUUGAAUUCUUCACCUGCACCAUUGAAUUCUUCACCUCCAUCUUUGAAUUCUUCACCUCCAUCUUUGAAUUCUCUGCCUCCAUCUUACAGUUCUGUGGAGAUCUCAGGGUCUCUGCCAAAGGGAGACACCUUCACUUUCCAGGGCCAGCAGUUCGCCAACAGAAAAAUCUCUCCAGACGACCACCAGACGUUUGCCAAACUCGUGUCCAAGAAGUGGAAGCAGGUGGGCCGGUCUCUGCAGGUCAACUGCCGGGCCCUUCGGGAUCCUGUCAUUGACAACUUGGCCAUAGAGUACGACCGGGAGGGCCUCUAUGAGCAAGCGUACCAGCUUCUCCGCAGGUUCAUUGACUCAGAAGGCAAGAGAGCCACCAUAGAAAGACUGGUCACCGCCCUGGAGGAGAAUGGCCUCAUCAGCUUGGCUGAGGAGCUUCUGAGUGUCCACCAGAAUGACAAAACAUUGUAAGAGGACAUGGGGGGGCAGUCCUCCCUUGAGACUACAAGCUGCAGGGCCAGUGAUGCUCCACACUCAGGUGCCUUUCUACACCUCUUGACCGCUCUGUAGCCAUUUGAUGCCAGACCAGCUGUGGCCCUUCCCACUGGCAGAACCUGCCCCGAGAAUAACCAGCACAGGACUGAGGCUGAAAGUCAGUGUUGAAAUAUGGAUGGUCUUGGAAACAUCUUUCAUCUUACAGUAGCAUCUGGACAAAGGCCUCAGCAGUUUCAGAAUCUCUCAGCAAUGUAAUAGCAGGAAAAGGAAAAGAUGUGAGACUUUCAGGAACGGUCUAAAUAACUGGCUAGUGUCUGAGUAAAGGUAGUUCUCAGCACUUACUGACUGUAGCAUCAAAUAAUGACGUUAUAUGGAAAUGUGCAUACAAAAGCGAGCUAUCCUCAGAUUAAUGAUCUGGCUAGGACAGUCAUAUUGUCCAAAGUCAACUUUAAAAAGUGGUACUUUCCAAUGCAGCCAGUUCACACAAUGGGUUGCAAAUACUUGGCAUAACUUAAUCUAGCAUGCAGUUGAAUGUGUGAACUGACUCUUAUUGGAAAUAGGGGCUAGGAAAGGGGGUUUUUUUGGGUGGCAAGGGGUAUUAGAUCUGCAAUGACUUAUUCAUUCCUACAAGCCCCACUUGAUGCUGCAGUUAGCAGAGUUGAAACUGCAUGUGUGAACCAGCGCUAGGUGGCAUUUCCAUGAACAGACUGCACCAGCAUUUCACACCUUUUAUGGAGUUAUUCUUGAGUGUCAUAGUAACUGUGCUGCUGUGAUGCUUACUUACAUGAGCAUGUCUGCGUUUCCUUGCACAGAGGCUCCACCUCAGUGACAUUAUUGUAUCCCAGAUUCUCUUCCAGGAAGGAACAGUAGGCUUUCUCUUGUCUCAUCAUUUGCUUUCAGUCUUAUGGCUGUGUCUGCUUUAGCACCAUUUCCCUCAGAAAAUGAGGCAUGGCUGGGUUGGUAGCUGUCCAUGGUUCAUGAUGACAGCUAUCUCCCUUCUAUCCUCCGCACAUUUAUAGAUGCCUGUUUCACACGUAAUGUUAAACCACUGUUUAGCAACCAAUAGUUUAUUCAAUCAUGGCAUAGCAUUAUGUAUAAAUCCUGCCUUCCAGCUUAACUAUGGUUUGUUCACUGCCAGCAAACCACAGUCUGAAGCCAUGGUUGAUUGUUGGCUUAUGAACCUUGGUUUGUUUUAACUGUGGCUUAGUGUUAUGUGUGAACCUAGCACCCUUGUUUAACUAUGGUAUGUUUGAACACCCCAUCACAGACACUUAGUAAGCUACAAAUGCACAAGGCAAGAGCAGCUGGAAAACAAACCAAGCUUUUGAAAAACAAGCCAUGGUGACUGUCUGUGGGAUAACUUGUGGUUAACUCUUGGUUUGUUAAAGAAAGCACGGUUUAAACAAAGCAUUAUGUGCAAACCAGUCCAAUAAUUGCUUAGAGCAAGGGAACCUCAGAUCUGGCAGCCCACUUUUCAUCUACUAUCUUACUGGAACAGGGGAAAGUGUCAUUGUUUGUGAGGGCAUCAUUGUCAAAAGAUGGACAAUGUAUGAGAUUCACGAAUACCUGUAGCUACACAAAGGGAGCUGUUCCAAGAGCAGAUACGAGGGCUAGAUAUCAGAGGAUGCACAAAGCAACCUUGCUGGUGCUAAGAAUGUCUGGUUCUGGUCAUUUGACAUUCCAUUCUGCUUUCGGCACAAUCUGGUAUGGCAUACAAAUGAAGGAAUGAUUAGUGCCCUGAAUCUGUGAAUCAGAACACGGGAAGAUGUCUUGUACUGAGUCAGAACCUUGGUCAAUUUAGAUCAGGAUUGUCUCCAUCAGUUGGCAGAAGUUCUCCAGAGUUUCAGACAGAAGCCUUUCUCAGCCAUCCAUGGCAAUGCCAGGGACCUUUCCCCCCGCUACUGGCCCUUCUCUAUGGGUAUAAACGUCAUUUUAAAAACCUA